CACUGCGGCUCCAUCGCCGUGCGGACUGCCGAGCCCCGCCGCUCUCAUCCCGGACCUCCGCGCACUCUGUCGGACCUGUUCCCGGUUCCUGAGCGCCUCCAGCCUCUGUCCAAAUGCAAGCGAUCAAAUGUGUGGUGGUCGGCGACGGGGCUGUGGGUAAAACCUGUCUGCUGAUCAGCUACACCACCAAUGCCUUCCCUGGUGAAUACAUCCCCACUGUCUUUGACAACUACUCUGCCAAUGUUAUGGUGGAUGGGAAACCAGUGAACCUGGGCCUGUGGGACACAGCAGGACAGGAGGACUACGAUAGGUUAAGACCACUGUCCUACCCACAGACGGAUGUGUUCUUGAUAUGCUUCUCCCUGGUCAGCCCGGCCUCCUUUGAGAACGUCCGAGCCAAGUGGUACCCUGAGGUUCGACAUCAUUGCCCCAACACGCCCAUCAUCCUGGUGGGGACCAAGCUGGAUUUACGAGAUGACAAGGACACAAUCGAGAGGCUGCGGGAUAAGAAGCUGUCUCCCAUCACCUACCCACAGGGCCUGGCCAUGGCCCGAGAGAUCGGGGCGGUGAAGUACCUGGAGUGUUCUGCUCUGACCCAGCGAGGCCUGAAGACAGUAUUUGACGAGGCCAUUCGAGCAGUGCUCUGCCCCCCCCCUGUGAAGAAGAGGGGGAAGAGGUGCACCAUGUUCUGAGUGGAACCGCUGUUCCACCACGCCACCGCAUCACCACCAAGAACAACCACUACCACUGAGAGGAUGAGACGCAGCGGAGUGAGUGUGCACUGCUCACAUGGCUUUCUUUAUAUUGAUGUUUUUCAAAGUGAUAUUGGCUUCCAGACCAAUAUUCAGUCCAGUUUUUUUUUUUUUUUUUUUUUUUUUUUACUAUAACUGAAUAGGUGCAUAGGUUCUGUCACAGACAUUGACUGUCCACAUACUUUGUACUCGUAGAACGUGACGUUGCCAUGAGGGCUGACUAAGGUUUCUAUUGGUCAUCUUCACGCUGCAGCUUCCUUCUGUCUCAGCCUUUGCUUGCUUGAAUGAAUGCAGUGUUGACUUGAUAGUACGUGAAUGGGGAAGUCACCAUCAGGUCUUAAGUUACCCUCAGCUCCUGAUCUGAGAUCAGUUUGGGACACACAUGCACUGAUGUGGAACCUCAUAACUGAUGCAUUCACACACACUUCACACACUUAGCAUGAAGUCUGAGAAAACCAUGGCAUUUGUCUGUAUGAUAGUUUUACUCUGCACACAAUGCAACAGGUUUAUUAUCACAGUCUGGGUCUUCCUUUAUUCAUUUUGUCAUUAUUUAAUGAGCCAUAAUAAGAACAAAAAUGUACUCACAAAGUUAGUAGCUGAGUUCAAAGGCACAUGUGUUCUUUGUGUGUAAAUUAAUGAAUCAUAUGAUCUGAAAUCUCUGCACCUGUGUCCUUAUUUCACACUAACGUAGAGGAUCCCUCUGACCAAACCCAAACAUUUAUACCCAUAAAGGAACUGGGUGAAUACAUUUCACAGAUUCAAAAACCACCUAAAAUUGUCAUCAUUAUAAACUGAUAACAGUUCAAUCGUCUGAUCCGAUUAUUAUUAAUCACUGUGGCAAACACACAAUACUUCAGUUCAGCAUGCUAACCACUUAGCCUCCUGUCAGUUUGUUUUGUUCUGUUACUUUAUUUACACUGGAGUUAGAAGGGAAUGACCAUAACAUGUGGUUUAAUACCAUAGUACCUCCAUGUUUAGAGCUCAGUGGGUCAGUGGAUGUUUGACGGUUCAGGAGUUCAGCUGCUCCUACUAUGAACAUGUGUGAACUAACAAGA